AUGAUACGCCUUAAAAAUGGAGAGGUUUGUCCUGACGCUUGUUCCUAUUCCUGUGGGAAGCAACAAAAGGAUAAUGCUGGCAGCUCCAAAGAUCAGAAGAGAAGCGAGUACAAAUUCAUCAUUCCAAAUGAAUCGACUGCACAGGUUGUUGUUGAACCUCCGCCGGUGUCAUUGAUACCGAUUCAAUCCACACCCGUUCCAGUACUGGUGACUGCUACAUCUGCUCCCAAAGUCUGCGAAGCUGCAUGUAUGCCGGAGUGUACCGUGACGUGCACCACUCUUAGACCUGCACUAAGAUUGCUCAGUCAACUGAUUGAAAGCAAAGUUACAACUUCAGCAGAAUGUCAGAAAACAUGUAAUGAGACGUGCGGAAAAGUCUGUUUGACUACUGGAAUGACUCCUACACAAUGUGUGGGCAGCUGUGAACCGACGUGUGAGGAAACGUGCGCGGAACAGUGUAUAUCUCCAUGCAUGCCGGCCUGUCAUCCAGAAUGCGUUGAGGCCGCCAACAUUUAUUCUCGCCUUGGUAGUGCACGCCCACUUCCGGCACCAGCCGUGAUGUUACCGCCUGAAAGAACAAUCGCCAGACCUGUGAAGUUGCGGCCACUAUGUGUUAGCGAAUGCGAGAUUCAAUGCGAGCAUCAGUGCGCAGCUCACCAAUUACCUGGUCGUCAGUGUGAAAGUGCGUGCCAGAGAACAUGCUUCCCGCUGAUUGCGGAUGAUGCUUGGGAUGAGAUGGUUCAUAGUACCGAUUUCUUUUCGACUCCAAACUUCGUUCAAAACACGUUAACUGGUCGAAGAAAACGGUCAUUGGAAAUCUGCAACUGUAUAGAAACUCCCCAAGACUGUCCAGCAGGCAGCCCAGGACCAGUUGGACCACCAGGUGAAGCUGGCCUAGAUGGUUCGCCUGGAGCACCAGGAAAACCAGGAGUUAAUGGAACGCAACCACUCUUCAAAAAAGUACAGCUGGCGUGUGUGCCGUGCCCGCGUGGACCUCCAGGUCCUCCCGGUCCUGAUGGUCCAGAAGGUCUGCCGGGUCCUGCGGGAAGAAUUGGGCAGCCUGGAUUUGCUGGAAGACCAGGUGAAAGAGGUAAAGACGGAAAAGGAGGCGAUGCUGGACAACCGGGUCAGGAUGGUUUUCCUGGUCAAAGAGGUUAUCCAGGCAUUAAUAGCAUUAAAGGAAAAGGCGCUCCGGGUCGACAAGGAGUUCCAGGUCCAGAAGGUCCACGUGGAGAGCCUGGAAAAAAUGGCUCAGUAGGGCCGAGAGGCAAUCCUGGGCCGCCAGGAGCUGCUGGUGGUUCCGGAAGAUCUGGCGAACGGGGAGAAGAGGGAGCCGUUGGACCAGAAGGAGAGAUAGGAUUACCGGGAUCGGAUGCUUCCUACUGUCGUUGCCCGCCUAGAAGUGCAGUGUUCGUGGAGCGUCGUGUUCGCACUUUUCCGCCUUCUUCAAUUCCUCUUCCUGUCGAAGAUAGCACGGAUAUCGGAUACUAA